AUGAAUUUGCCUCCUGGGUAUCGCUUUAACCCAACUGCAGAGGAGCUUCUAAUGUCAUACCUUCUCCCUCGCCGGAACAACGAGGCCGUCCCUGGCGGAUCCCGUAUCGUAAGGGACGUUGUCCUGUACGGAAAAUACGACCCGUGGACUCUAUUCGGAGUCACCGAUGGGUCACGAGAGUGUUGCUUUUUCGUCUUCACCGACUUAAAGAAACUCUCUGCAAAAAACGGCAGGCCGAAACCGAACGGGAGGAAAAUUCGAAGCGCCGGUUCUGGGGUUUGGUCUAGCCGGACAGUAAACGAUGUGAAAGACGGCGAAGGGAACGUCAUUGGCGUCGAUCGGUACUAUGUUUUCUCAACAGGGGAGAACAAGAACAAGAAGCAAAGAAGGAAUGGUCAUGGUCACUGGACUAUGCACGAAUACUGUCUCGUUGAUUCGAACGGUCGUUGCAUUGAUGAUUUAGUUGUUUGUGUUGUUGCUUGCAAUACCCAGAUUGUUAUCAAACACUCUGAUAUUGGGAAUUCAAAGAAGAGAAUUCGUACCGAUCCUUCUUCCUCUGCUUCGUCUGUCUUGGAGCCUCAACCUGAGGAGGUGUCCGAGGAGGAGGUUGAUUCAGGCAUGCGCCACCGUACAAGAAAAAAAAGAGGCUUUUGA